AGAAGACGACGAAGCUCAACGCAGCUGCCGCCGCCGCGCGAUGAUGGCGGCCAACCAGCCCCCGCCGCCCAAGCCUUGGGAGAACAGGCGCUUAUCUGCUGAUGUGAUGGCCGGUCAGCUGACACGGCCUGGACAGCCCACCCUGACACGAGUGCCACCUCCUGUUUUGCCAAGGCCGUCACAACAGGCAGGAAACAGUACCCUGAAUACUUUCAGACCUGCUUACAGCAGCUCUUUUUCUCCAGGCUAUGGCACGUAUGGAAAUUCCUUUUAUGGGAGCUACAGCCCUUACAGUUAUGGAUAUGGUGGUUUGGGCUACAAUCGGUAUCGGAUGGAUGACAUUCCUACCAGCAGAUUCGUUCAGCAGGCUGAGGAGAGCAGCCGUGGUGCGUUUCAGUCCAUUGAAAGUAUAGUACAUGCCUUUGCCUCAGUGAGCAUGAUGAUGGAUGCUACCUUUUCUGCCGUCUACAACAGUUUCAGAGCUGUUUUGGAUGUAGCUAACCACUUCUCUCGGCUCAAAAUACAUUUCACCAAGGUGUUUUCAGCUUUUGCAUUAGUCAGAACUAUAAGGUACCUCUACAGACGGUUACAGCGAUUGCUGGGAAUGAGAAAAAGGUCAGAGAACGAGGAUUUGUGGGCAGAAAGUGAAGGAACUGUGGCUUGCAUCGGUCCCGAGGACAAGGCAGCUAACUCAGCAAAAUCCUGGCCUAUUUUCCUGUUCUUUGCUGUUGUUCUUGGGGGUCCCUACCUCAUUUGGAAGCUCCUGUCUACCUACACUGAUGAAGAAACAGGGCAGCAACUACUUGAUGCAGUGUGCAACAUUUCAGCUUCCAGUGACUGGGCAAGCGGAGAGGAUGAUCACGUUGUUGGGAGAGCAGAGUAUGACUUCAGUGCUGCUUCAGAAGAAGAAAUUUCUUUCCGUGCAGGUGAAAUGCUAACAUUAGCACCUAAAGAACGGCAGCCCAAAAUACGUGGCUGGCUUUUGGCUAGCCGUGAUCGUCAGACAACAGGACUUGUUCCAGCUAAUUAUGUCAGGAUUCUCGGCAAAAGGAAAGGUAGGAGAACCUCGGAGUUGAAGAAGAUUACAGAACAUCAGCCAGUGUUUACCAACACAGCUUCUGUUCAAGGAGCUACAGCUGCUGACACUUUAGAAGAGCAAGAAGCUGCCUUUGAGUCUGUGUUUGUGGAAACAAACAAAAGUCCUGUCACAUCUGACUCUGCUGGUGGAGAUAAACAGGAUCUUUGAUACAUUUGAAGUUUUAUCAAAGUGAUUGGAUUGUGCUCACCAUUUAUACUGUAGGUAGCUGUUCAAUAGUGAUGUAGUGGAUCACUGUUGUUGACUGUACCAGGUAACUUGCUAUUUAAACCUGGGAGAGAGAGAAAGCAAUGUUAUUGUCCCUAAUGCUGUGCUUGGUUCAUUUAAUGUUGAAUGGUUGGAUUCAGCUAGCUAAUAUCAGUUUGGGGUGAGUUUUAGAAUCAAUAAGGCAUGGCACCAGGUUCUUCUUGACAGAAGGAGCAGAACUUUCAGGUUCAAGAGGCAGCACUAUUUGAAUUCAUUCCCUCAGACAGAAGAAUCCAUUUUGGUAUGCUGUCAUGAUGGCAUAUGGCAGAACACAUGACAGUUGGUGGUUCCCAAAGCCUUUAAGCAUAUUAUGAGGAUUUUUCUUGUUGAAGUUUUUUGUUGGGUAGAAUUUCAUAGAAACAUCAGGUUGAUGGUGGGAAAAUUGUUGGGGGAGGAGUUUAAUGCUUCUGCUGGUUGGCUUUGUAUGGAAAUAAUUGAACUGACAGAAAAUCUACUUAAUUAUAGUUCUAAGCACACUGUUCUGCCAAGUCACUCAGUCCUCUUUGCAAAGAUAAACAUUCUUCUUUUGUCUGAGCUCUUUUUUGCUGUAUAUCCCUGUACUUUAAGCCUCACAUAAUUGAUUGCUCUUUCACUAGAGUCAAGCUGCAUCACUACUGUUUUCUCUGCCAAGUAUAUCUCACUACGACUCAAACUAAACAUAAGAGCCAAAGAUUCGUGUGCUUAAGCCCAGAUCUCCCAACUAUUAUGGAUAGUUGGAACCUGAGGGGUUGGUAGAAUCUUUUUCUACAGUUCUUCCCUUAAAAUCGCAACUGUAUACUGUCCAGUUUAUCACUUAGCAUUCUGCAGAGCAGAGUCAACCUAUAGUAUUUUCUUAGGACUCUAAACUUAAUAGGUUGAAUCCCACAGGUCUGUUCCGCCUACAGCAGUGCCUUUUGGGGGGGCAGUUUUUCUUGAUGCAAGAUGAUCUGCCAUUUCUGUCAGGGGAAGACUCCUUACACUGGGGGAAGGCACCGCCUUUAGGGGAAUAAAUCUGCUUUAUCCAAUCUGAUACUGACUCUAAAACGUCAAGCAAACUGGCAUGAAAAUGUUUAUCUUUUUAUAGCUUAUAUUUACUUCUGUAUCGAGGCUAUACUAUUCUGAAUAGUCAGGUUAACAAUCCAAAUUUAUUCAGAGAAGACUAUAUUAGCUAAUUUCAGGCUUUAUGUAAUAGGUCUUGAUAAAUCAAAGUUCUAGUUUGAGUUAUUCAUCUUCUCCAUAGCCCAUCUUAAAAUGAAUGAGGAUCUAAAAUGGAAUAGUACUAAAACUUAUACUAAAUUGGCGUCAUGAGGUUUUUUAAAAUCAAAAUUCUUCUAUAGGGAUCCUUUUCUUGUUUUACUGCAAGACAGCAUUUUUAUAACUUUUAACUGUCUUCUUAUAUUCUUAACUUCUGAGCCAUUUUGGUUUCCUGUAUUAAAUUACAGUGCAGGUAGUGAACAGUUUAAUGUAGCAGUUUGCAUGGUCAGGUAGCUUUGCUGGAGGGAGGUUUACAAAACCAGUUACAAUCACUCAUAGUUAAACUUGAUUAUUGUGCUGAGGUAAUAGAGUUUGGAAUAACUUUGACCUCUUCCUCUGUUUUAAAAAAAAAUGGAGCAGUACAAUGGAUACUGGUGGAAAAUGCUGAAUUUCUUGUUCAGUGAGAUUAUAGUUGCUCUGGGGCAUGAGAAUGAAAAACCAGCUAAACCAGGACAAGCCAGCCUUGAGCAAGCAGACACCGACUGUUCAUAUUACUAGAAAUGGAUUUCUUUUUGGACAGAAGAACCUUUGCCAGAGAUGGCAGGGAAACUGGAAAGGUAGGUAUGUUUAUGAAUCUAAUGCUUUAGGAGCAUUAGAGCAUUUGAGCAAUUGGAGUAUUUUUUCGUUUUCCAGGUGUCUGUUGAACCAUUCAGAUGGAUGGGAGUAGGAGAGAGAAUUGAAAUGAAAUUUGAUUCCAGAUUUUCUAACUUCUUAAGUCCUGACACUUGUGGUUUAAUUUUUCCCACAAAAGUGGACUGAAAAGUAUUUGGUUAGGGGAAAAAAUCACUAUGAACUGACUAACUUGAAGCUUGCUUCUGAUCAUAUUUACUUGGCAGUAAAUUCCAGUGCAUUAGCUGGGAUUUAUUAGUUGGUAAAUAUGUUUGGGAAUGCAGUCUUUAUUUUACUUUGUGCUUGACUUUAUUUAACAAAUCACCGUGUCACAGCGUGCAUACGAUACUUCAAAUAGAUAAGUAUGCAUAGUGGCCCUUGACUGAUCCUUUGUACUACUUUAGUGCGGUCAGAAUAAAAAUGGUUAAGUUAAAUUUUAUUGAAGGGUUUAUCAUGCAGUUGAAUUAACCUAUGUAAGUCUAUUAAAUUUCACUGAAAAUUGA